GAGACAGCGACAGCCACGCGGUGAGCCGGUACAAGGCCCUCUAGGCUUCGGCGGGUCUGGAUACUCGGUGGCAUUAACCCUUCCCUACCGCCGGGGCAGACGGCAGUUUCUCUGGCGAGGAAGUAGGCCGGGCUCAGGCGCCUUAGCCAGAGGGCGGGCCUGCGCGCACCCUCGGAAAGCGUCACUUCCACUUCCGGCCUGCGCUCGGGCUCUGUACCUGGACAGGGCAGCGGUAGGGCAGCGGCAGGCCAGCGGUGGGCUGGCGGUUGCGCUCCUCAGAUCGGCGGCCUUCCGGGCGGUGGCUUGCGUUUGAGCCUCAGAAAGCGAGGAGCGGCCUCCACGGAAGCCAAGCUGGCCGAGUGCUUUUAGGAAGAAGAUCCUUUUAUUGCUUUUGUACAAGACCAGACGGGAUCUCAUUUGUCAAACGUGGUACCAAUUGGGUGUCUUAACACAGGAGCAGAACUUCCUAGAGCAGAAUGAUGAUGGUAGAUCUGAAAGUGGCUGCGUACUUGGACCCUCAGAUCAGGGCUUUGUGGGAGACCAAGGGGCCUGCAAGAGAGAGCUCCGGUCAGAGUAAAAAAUCUCAAAUGGACAGUCUCGAUCCUAAGAGCUCUUGCUGGCACUUCCGGAACUUCACCUAUGAUGAAGCAGGUGGACCCCGUGAGGCUGUCAGCAAACUUCAAGAAUUAUGUCAUCUAUGGCUGAAGCCAGAGAUCCACUCAAAAGAGCAGAUACUGGAACUGCUGGUGCUGGAGCAGUUCCUGACUAUUCUGCCCAGGGAGACACAGACCCAGAUGCAGAAGCACCAUCCACAGAGCAUUGAGGAGGCUGUGGCUCUGGUAGAACACUUGCAGAGGGAAUCUGGUCACACAUGGAAUGGGGUUGCAGUCCAUGAGCUGGGAAAGGAGGCAGUGCUCUUGGGAGAAACAGCAGAGGCCUCAAGUUUCGGGCUGAAGCCAACAGAGUCCCAACCAGUGGGCGUAUCCCAAGAUGAAGAAUUUUGGAAUACAUACCAGGGUCUGCAAGAACAGCUCAGCAGGAAUACUCAUAAAGACACUGAGCCUGUGUAUGAGAGGGCUGUGCCUACUCAACAGAUUCUAGCUUUUCCUGAGCAAACAAACACCAAAGACUGGACAGUGACACCUGAGCACGUCUUGCCUGAGUCCCAGAGCUUGUUGACAUUUGAAGAAGUGGCCAUGUAUUUUUCCCAGGAAGAAUGGGAGUUAUUGGAUCCCACUCAGAAGGCCCUCUACAAUGAUGUAAUGCAGGAAAACUAUGAGACUGUCAUCUCUCUAGCAUUGUUUGUGCUCCCCAAACCUAAAGUGAUCUCCUGUCUAGAGCAAGGGGAAGAGCCAUGGGUUCAAGUAUCCCCGGAGUUUAAGGAUAGUGCCGGAAAAUCUCCUACAGGGUUAAAGCUCAAAAACGACACUGAAAAUCGUCAGCCUGUAUCUCUUUCUGACUUAGAAAUACAAGCAUCAGCAGGCGUCAUAUCAAAAAAGGCCAAGGUAAAACUUCCACAGAAAACAGCAGGCAAAGAAAAUCAUUUUGAUAUGCACAGAGUGGGAAAAUGGCACCAAGAUUUUCCAGUGAAGAAAAGAAAGAAACUUUCAACCUGGAAACAAGAGCUGCUCAAACUUAUGGAUCGUCACAAGAAAGACUGUGCAAGAGAGAAGCCUUUUAAAUGUCAGGAAUGUGGGAAAACCUUCAGAGUUAGCUCUGACCUUAUUAAGCACCAAAGAAUUCACACUGAAGAGAAACCCUAUAAAUGUCAACAGUGUGAUAAGAGGUUUAGAUGGAGUUCAGAUCUUAAUAAGCACUUAACAACACACCAAGGAAUAAAACCGUAUAAAUGUUCAUGGUGUGGGAAAAGCUUCAGUCAAAAUACAAAUUUACAUACACACCAAAGAACUCAUACAGGAGAAAAGCCCUUCACAUGUCAUGAAUGUGGAAAAAAAUUCAGUCAGAACUCCCACCUUAUUAAACACCGGAGAACCCACACAGGUGAGCAGCCAUAUACUUGUAGCAUAUGCAGGAGAAACUUCAGCAGGCGAUCAAGCCUUCUUAGACACCAGAAACUCCACCUGUGAAGAGAAGCUUGUCCAGUGUCCUUAUUCUGAAGACAUUCACCAAAUGGAGCUUGGCACUAAAAUUUAUGUAAAAGAAAAAUCACAAACCUUGAAAAAUUUUACAUCAGAAAAUGGGAUAAACAUACGUUUCACAGAAAAUAAUCAAGACUUGCUCUGCAGCCACUCAGUAGUCUUCUGUGGUCACAGAAGUAAACAUUGUUGGUUUUGUAUUGAUCUCUCCAGUCAUUUUUGAACACAUCCAAUAGAAACAUUGGCAGCAUGGUCUUCCAAAACAAAAAGCAGUAACAUGGAUGUUUAAUUGCAUACCAUUCUCUUCACAGUAGCAGGCUUACCAAUUUCCAUAGUCUCAUGAGGCAGAAAUAAAUUACAAUGUAAAGUGUUCCAAGAACCAAAUUGGAUUUUCUUUCUUUUGUCAUUGGACACGGUUUGCAAAGUUGAACAUCAUUUGAGUUCCUUCUUAAACUUUUCGGCAACUUCUCUUGGAUCCUGUUAUCACAGUUUUUUACUGUGAUGAAAUCUUGUUAACCACGACUAGGGAAUCUCCAGAUGAACUAUUAAUGCACUGUCUUAUGCCUCUCAUUGGUGAUGUUUGGAAAAUAGAAGACAUCUCUAAUGGAAUAAUGGGGGAAACGGGUUGGAAUUUGUAGCCAUGGAAUAUAUAUUAGAUGUAAAGAAUUUUCUGCAAUAAAAGAAACUGGACUUGUUAA